AUGACUUAUGAUUUAGGAUUUGUUGUGGUAAUAGUAAGAUCUGACAUAGCUACUGGUGUACAGGGAAGAAAAACGUUCGUCAUACUUGGAUGUGAAAGAGGGGGAAAAUAUAGGAAAUACAAAGCUGAUGCAGUAGCUAGUGUAUAUGGCACUCGUAAAUGUGAAUGUCCAUUUAGAUUAAAGGAUAAACCAUGUUUAGAUGGGGCCGGAUGGGUGUUGAAGGUGAUGUGUGGACAUCACAACCAUGAGUUGGCUGAAACUUUAGUUGGUCACCAUUAUGCUGGCAGGUUAAAUACGAGUGAGAAGUCAUUACUGGUUGAUAUGACAAAGAGGUUAACCUUCUCAACAACAUUUGCUUUCUUGUCUACUGAAAGGCAGAGUAAUUUCACAUGGGCUUUGGAAAAGCUGAAAUGUUUAUUUUUAACAUCUGAGGGUGGUCCUAAAGUCAUUGUCACUGACCGAGACUUGGCUUUGAUGAAUGUCAUUGCAAAUGUAUUCCCUGAGUCAUAUCAGAUGUUAUGUCGGUUCCACAUCCUUAAAAAUGUUAAAGCUAAAUGCAAAAUAUUAGUUCAUUCUACUGAGGUUUGGGAAGUGUUGAUGGAUGCAUGGGAAAAUGUGAUGGAUUGUGCUGAUGAAAGCUUGUUUGCUGACACAUACUUUGUAAAGUUCUGGGCGAACAAAGUAAUGCAUUUAGGGAACACAACCACAAAUAGGGCUGAAUCUGCUCAUUGGAGCCUGAAGAAAGUUCUGGGCAAUAGUAUGGGUGAUUUGUGUUCUUGUUGGGAUAAUAUUCAUAACGUCAUUAUCCUACAACACAACAAGAUUAAGGCGUCAUUUGAAAGUAGUUUGUUGCUUACGAGUGACCAUUUUAAAGGCUGCAGAUAUAGAGAACUUAUUGGGCGUGUGUCUCGAUAUGCAUUGGAUCUCAUUGCUAAGGAAUUGAAAAUAGUGCAGCAGAUAGGAUUGGACUCCUCAAAGUGUGGAUGCGUAUUGAGACGUACAUUUAGUGUCCCAUGUGCAUGUGAAUUAGCACGAUAUAAUCCUAGGAUGAUCCCCAUAGGUGAAUUUCAUAUCAUGUGGCGAAGAUUGCAUUUCUCAAAUGUUGAAUUAAAUGAAACCGAGCCUCAGUUAUCCAUUAAAGAUGAGUUGAAACAAAUAGAAGAACGAUUCAAUGAGGUUAACAUUGGCGGUAAAGUCACCAUCAAGCAGAAGUUACUUGAGAUUGUUUGUCCUACAUUGACAUCAAUGGUCCCUCCAUUACAUAAAGUCAAGACAAAGGGUGCACAAAAAAGUAAAGUUAAACGAAGUGAAAGGUCUACUACGCGGGAUCCAUCAUAUUUUGAGUAUGUGGACGCCUUUCAUUCAACCAUAGAAUCUUCAUCUGUGAGAAGUAAAUUACAAUCAAAGCCAAAAGCAAUGAAGAAAAGGAGAGUUCCAAUGAUAGACCAGUUUCAUUCUACUACUCACCCCUUCAUUGUAGACGUUGUUGAUGUUGUGGCUGAUGGUCACUGUGGGUAUAGAUGCAUUGUUGCGUUGUUGGGACUUGGAGAAGAUUCAUGGCCCGUUAUCAGGAAUGAGUUGUACAAAGAACUCAGUGCAUGA